AUGUCGAAGGCAGCCUCCACCAAUGUUGCCCAGCCAAAGCUACAAUACAAAGUGUUUAUAAGCUUUCGGGGAGAGGAGCUCCGAUAUAGCUUCAUUAGUUAUCUAAUCAACUCUUUGAAAGCCGAAGGAAUCGAUCCUUACAUCGACAAUGAGGAGACAUUGGGUGAAGAUUUGAGUGUAUUUUUCAAGAGGAUCAAGGAGUCGAGCAUUGCGAUCGCUGUCAUCUCAAGCUUAUACUCGAACUCAAGAUGGUGUUUAAAUGAGUUGGCAGAGAUCAAAGAAUGUGUAGCUAAAGGAACACUGGUAGUAUUUCCAGUGUUCUACAAGGUCCCUGUUGACACAGUUAGGAGACAGACAUCAACAUUUGGUGAGAAUUUGAAUCUAUUAGUGGGAACAGAUGAUACCAAUGGUACGAAAUGGAGAACGGCCCUAACGUAUAUCACAACGAAGAAAGGCGUUAGUGUGCAUAAAAAGAGCGAUGAGGUCCAGGUGAUCAAUGAAAUUGUGCGUAACGUCAAGAAAAGGCUAGAAGAAAUCUCAAAGGAUCAAGGAACUAAGAAUCAAAUAGAAAAAUUUACUGGAAUGUCCAAAGGAAACUUAGUAGGAGAUGCGCCUAUUAGUUCUUCUUCCUCAAAAGUGUCUCCCUUCUUUGGGAUCAAAAAACGCCUAAAGCAGUUGGAAGAGAAGUUGGAUUUUGAAUCAGACGAGGUCACUCGAGUUAUUGGAGUUGUUGGGAUGCCUGGAAUAGGUAAAACCACUCUUGCCAAGAAAUUGAUGGAAGAUUGGGGAUACAUGUUCUUGCAUACGAUGUUCCUAGAUGAUAUCCGUGCCAAGGCAAGAUCUCUUGGAAUCCACAGGUUGGAGGAGGACCUCCUAUACGGUUUAAUGAGGAGCAAGCAUGAUGGAAAGGAAAUAAGAUAUGCAGAGUUUACACUUGAAUCGUUGAAGGCUGAGCUAAGAGAAAGCAAAGUGUUAAUUGUUCUUGACGAUGUGAAUGAAAAGAGUCAGAUAGAUAUGAUUCUUGGUGGACGAAAAUGGUUAAGAGAAGGAAGCAGAGUUGUCAUCACGACGAGUAGCAAGUCCGCAAUCACAGGAAUGGUGGAUGAAACUUAUCUAGUGCCGGGCCUGAGCGACGAGGAUGGGUUUAAAUACUUUGAAAAACACGCAUUCACGACCGGUGCUUGCGAGCCAAGGUUCAUGAGACUUGCAAGAGAGUUUGUGGAUUACACUAGGGGACAUCCAUUAGCUCUUAAAGUACUUGGUGGUGAGCUUCUUACAAAGGACGAGGAGUACUGGGAAUCAAAGCUUGGGGAGCUUGCGAAAAGCCCGAUUAGCAACACAAUUCAUAAUGUGUUGAGAAGUUCUUAUGAUGAUCUUAGCAAACACCAUAAGGAUUUGUUCCUUGAUGUGGCAUGUUUCUUCAGGUCCGAAGAGGAGUAUCAUGUGAGCUGUUUGCUGGAUUCAUCGGUGCAAGACAAUGUGAGUGAACUAAGACAUCUUGCGGACAAGUUCUUAAUAAACAUUUGUGGCGGUCGACUAGAGGUGAAUGAUCUGAUGUACACGUUCGCAAUGGGACUAGAGUCUCAGUCAUUCUCUGAAAAUUCAGCUAGUGGGCGUAGGUUGUUUAACCAUGGCGAGAUCAUUGCUAUUCUCCUAAACAAAGCAAAAGCAACUAAGGUCAGAGGAAUUUUUCUUGAUAUGUCUGAGGUACCAAGGAAAAUGAGUCUAGGUAGUGACACAUUCAAAUAUAUGGGAGAUCUCAGAUAUUUGAAAAUUUUCAACUCAAGUUUUCCAAAAGAAGGCGAAGCCACAUGCAACUUGUACUUCCGCGACGGGCUUAAGUUCCAGUUGGAGGAGAUUCGGUAUCUUCACUGGCUGAAAUUUCCACUCAAGAAACUACCAGAACAUUUUAACCCGGAGAAUCUUAUAGACCUCAACCUGCCUUACAGUCGUAUUGAGCAAGUUUGGGAUGGAGAGAAGGCUCGAAAGCUUGAAAGUAUAAACCUUGAAAGCUGCACAGAGUUGAAGACAGUUCAUGAAGAGCUACAAAACAUGGAAAGUCUCAUAUUCUUGAACCUAAGAGGAUGCACGAGCCUCAAGUCCCUUCCACAUAUAAAGUUGAUCUCUCUGAAAACACUCAUCCUCAGUAGCUGUUCAAGUCUUGAGGAGUUCAAUCUAGUUCCAGAAAAUCUGGAAGAGUUGUACUUAGAUGGCACCUCUAUAAAGGGUCUUCCCUCAACGAUUGGGAAUCUCCAGAAACUAGUCUUGUUGAUGUUGAAAGAUUGUAAAAGAUUGACGGGUCUCCCAGAUUCUAUCGAGAAUCUAAAAGCUCUUCAAAAGCUAGUACUCUCAGGUUGUAAAAGCUUUGCGACCAUUCCAAAUAUAAAAAAGAACAUGAAGCAUUUAAAGACUUUGCUACUCGAUGGGACGGCCAUAAAGGAUAUGCCACGUCUCUUGAAGCGCUUCGAUGUUAAUCAAGGCGACGGGAAAUCGGCCAAUUCAUACUUCAACAGAGGGCCGCGAAACAACUUCGGAAGCUUGCCAGACAACAUCAGAUAUCUCUACAAUCUCAAAUGGCUUGACCUCAAGUAUUGCGAGCAGCUCGUGUCCCUUCCAGUGCUUCCACCGAACCUUCACUGGUUAGACGCACACGGCUGCAUUUCACUUGAAAAUAUUGGGAGCCAGUUAGCUCUUAUCUUAGCAGAAACAGAGCAUCCACACUCCACAUUUACUUUCACUAACUGUACCAAACUUGAUCAAGUUGCCAAGAAUGGUAUCGUAUCUUAUGUUCGGAGGAAGAUUCAAUCAAUGUCAGAUGCAAUAGCCCACCAAGAAAAGGGUUCGAAACUUGAUGUGUUGAUUGGAGUCUGCUAUCCUAGUUGGCAGUUACCUGUAUGGUUCAAUCACCGAACGGUUGGGUCAAAAUUGAAGCAAAAUCUGCCUAGGCAUUGGAAUGAAGAUGGUCUUACCGGUAUAUCUCUUUGUGCUGUUGUCUCUUUUAAAGACUACCAAGCUACGAACAACCGCAUCUUGGUUAGAUGCACCACGGAGUUCAAGGAGAAAGACGAGCCUUUCAUUCAGUUUAGUUGCAUCCUUGGUGGUUGGACUGAACAUGGCAGCGAUAGACCUCGAGAGAUCAUUGAAUCUUCCGGUCAUGUGUUUAUCGGAUACACCAGUUUGUUGCACAUAAAAAAAUGGGACAUAGAAGAACUAUUUGCUGCUACAGUGGCUUCUUUUGAAUUCGAAGUGACUGACGGGACAAACCAGAUCACAAACUGUGAGGUGGUUAAGUGUGGCUUUACUCUUAUCUAUGCACCCACUAAACCUAUUCAUCCCUUUUGUACCGAGAAAAGCUCUGACCGUGGUGAGACGAUGUGUGGUUCAACUACGGAGAGUAGAGUCAACAUCAACAAUGAAGAAAGUCAUUUCCAGAUCCUAAGUGGUGAAGCCUCUUCCUCCUCGGUGAUGGUCAGCGAGAUCACAGAGAAGAUACAGCCUUUCAAAGCUACAAGAAACGUAAAAGACAUCAAGUAUAGAGAUAAAACUGUUGCAGCUUCGUCAAAAGGCGACAGUGGAAUUCCUUUGGAGGUUAGCUUUGAUGUUACUACAACGAAUAACAACGGUGGAUUCAUGUCACCGAUGAGCUCAGGAGGAGGGGAAGUUAUUGAUGAGGAAUCUCCAAAGAUUGAUGAGACCAAUCCAGGAGUUGAAACAAGGUCCUGUGAAUCUCCGGAAGAUACAGAGAAAUCUGGUAAUGAACAGAACACACGUAAUGGGGCAAACAACCUAUGUGAGCGGAUGGAGAAACCUAUACGGCUUAUUUGUCUUGUGGUCACUAUUUGUGCUGUUUCAGCAUUUUUGUUGGGCAAGGACAACAAAAAGAGAUGA